GCUGAAAAAUUGGUUAACCAACGCAUCCAUCCUCAAACGAUUAUUGCUGGAUACCGACGAGCACUGUUGAUUGCUCAGGAUGCUCUUCGUUCUUCAGCUAUGGAAUCAGGGAAGGAUUUGCUGAAGAUUGCUCGCACUACUCUAGGAUCCAAGAUUUUGAAUCAGCACAAAGAUCACUUUGCUAAAUUGGCAGUCGAUGCGGUGCUAAGAAUGAAGGGAAUCUCGAUGCGAUUCCAAAUCAUUAAGAAGCUCGGUGGUUCAAUGAGUGACUCUUAUCUCGAUGAAGGUUUCCUUCUCGAAAAGUUGCCGGGUAUGUACCAACCGAAAAGAAUGGAGAAGGCCAAAAUUCUCAUUGCCAACACUCCAAUGGACACUGAUAAGGUGAAAGUGUUUGGUUCGCGAGUUCGUGUUGAAUCUGUUGCCAAGGUAGCGGAGUUGGAAGCUGCGGAAAAGCUGAAAAUGAAAGAGAAGGUGGACAAGAUUCUUGCUCAUAAAAUCAACGUCUUCAUCAACAGGCAGUUGAUCUACAAUUAUCCCGAGCAGUUGUUUGCUGAUGCUAACGUGAUGGCUAUCGAACACGCUGACUUUGAGGGAAUUGAACGGCUUGCACUAGUGCUUGGUGGAGAAAUCGUCUCAACAUUCGACACACCAGAAAAUGUGAAAUUCGGCUCAUGUGAUCUUAUCGAGGAAGUGAUGAUUGGCGAAGACCGUCUAUUGCGUUUUAGUGGUGUACCUCUUGGGGAAGCUUGUUCGAUUGUGCUCCGUGGUGCCACGCAACAGAUCCUGGAAGAGGCGGAGCGAUCGUUGCAUGACGCGCUCUGUGUGCUGAUCACUCACGUCAAAGAGUCCAAAACCGUGGCUGGUGCUGGUGCAUCAGAAGUUCAUAUGAGCACAGCAGUGGCUAUGGAGAGUCAUAAGGUGGCAGGAAAGGAGGCACUGGCAGUUGAAGCAUUUGCUCGUGCUCUGGCUCAGCUACCAACGAUUAUUUGUGACAAUGCGGGUCUCGAUAGUGCCGACUUGGUUACCAGACUGCGAGCAGAACAUGCUAACGGUCACCACAACAUGGGAAUAGACAUUGUGAAUGGAACGAUCACUGACGUUGUCAAAUUGGGCGUUAUUGAGUCGUUCAACGUGAAAUUGUGUAUGGUGUCGAGUGCUGCUGAAGCGGCUGAUUCAAUCCUUCGUGUCCCACAUCACAUCACAUCGCCCACGUGCUAG